AUGAUUAACAAGCAUUUCUUUGAAAUUGUGUCGGUGCUGUUGGCCUCUUCUACUAUCUUCUCCCUAGAGUUGAAACUGGCUCUCUUCCAACAAAGAGUAAACAGAGAGAGUUUAAAACUCUUGAGUACAUUGCAAAGCUCAUCAAUUCAGCAGUGUCUGCCACACAGGAAAAACUUCCUGCUUCCCCAGCGGUCUGUGAAUCUUCGCCAGUACCAGAAAGGACAAACACUGGCCAUUCUUCACGAGAUGCUUCAGCAGAUCUUCAACCUCUUCAGGGCAAAUACUUCUUCAGAUGGUUGGGAGGAAAGCCACGUGGAGAAGUUCCUCACUGAGCUUCAUCAACAGCUGGAAUACCUAGAAGAACUCACAGGCCCGGAAGCAGAGCAGGACAGCUGCACCUUGGGGAGUGAGAACGUUAGGUUACAGAUUAAAAUGUACUUCCAAAGGAUCCAUGAUUACCUGGAAAGCCAAGAGUACAGCAGCUGUGCCUGGACCAUUGUUCGAGUAGAAAUCAACCGGUGUCUCUUCUUUGCACUCCAGCUGAUAAGAAAGAUAAGCAAACGAGGAAUGCAUUCCUUGAAGACUGUGGAGCAUGAGCCAAGGGCAGACUUUAGAAGCAUAGGGUAG